GAGUGCGUGGGCGUCCACGUGCGUCCGGGAAGUGAUUUGGCGACUCACUGCUUUCAACAGUACGAACGGUGCAAUAAGGAGGUCCUCCUGUGUUUCUUAUAAUUACGGAUUUUUCAUAACCCUUGAGUGACGUUGGCGAGUCUACGGACACGUGGCGGGUUCGAUGAAGGCAAGGAGGCAGGGAAGUGUCUGAAGGAGGCUGACGAGUGGGACGCAUGAGACAAACAACACCACGUGACGUGAAAUAAAAACAUUAAACAGCACGUGAAGCUCAGCCCUGACCGCGUAGGGUUUUGUAGUUUCGCGUUUGCGGUCGUUAGUCGCUGUGCUGUCAUGUGUACUUUCAGUUCGGACUUCGCGCAACUUUUCUCUUCGCCUCCGAACCAAGAAGAGGAUCGAGGAGGAACCGGGAACGCGCACAGCCACAGCGUCAAAAGAAAGAGAGAAUCUGAAGAGAAAGAGGUGAGAAAUAAGUCCAGGAAGAGUGUCGGGAGUGAUAAGCAGCAGCACUCUGAGGGGAACCAGAGAGACAGAUGCACACCCAGGAGGGGUCACACGCAGCAGCAAAUAGCACACCACAGUGGCUGCGCUGUGCAGAGGGUUCGGAACCAGGGACCCGGAGCUGUUGCCCCAGUAGGGCAUGGUCCACACCGCGGUAAAGAGCCUGCAAUGAAAGACAUGGAGGAAAGGGGGCAAAAGAUUCCCAAGAAGAGCAAGAAAAAAAAGGGCAAAAAGCAGGACAACAGAGUAGAAGACCGACAGCAGUGCCGGAGGGGCAGAGUAAACGGCCCCCCGAGCUUUGUGAAGAAACAGCCGUAUUUGUCGCAGGAAUUCAUCAGCCAGCACGCGAUUCAGCGUGACGGACGACUCUUCUGCAAGUUCUUUCUCAGCGGGAGGUGCAUCAAAGAGGAAGCGUGCAAGUUUGAACAUGAGUUUGUGGUUCCGGACAAGAAGCAGGAACUCUGUAAAUUCUACGUACUGGGCUUCUGCACCAAAGGAGCGGAUUGUAUCUACAUGCACAAUGACUAUCCGUGCAAAUUCUUCCACACAGGGACAAAGUGUUACCAAGGAGACCACUGCAAGUUUUCCCAUGAUCCCCUGACAGAGGUGACAAGACCCCUGUUGGAGAAGGUUCUAAACAAAAAUGAGGAAGAUGAGGGAAAACAGGAGAAUUCAGUUCCCUCGGCCACAGCGCCCCCACCUCCGUCUACUGACAGUAAACCACUGCAGCUGGGUCUCAGGCCCAACUUCUACAACAGUUCCAGUCUGUUGUCAGGGCCCCCACUCCCUUCAGUGUCGUUGGUCACUGCAGACAACCCAGCUGAAAGCCUGUUCUCUCCAUUGCCUCCCCUGGAACCACUUAACAGCCCCAGUUCCAGCCCACAUCCUGUUGUGCCCCCUGGAGAUUCUGAUGCUGAGGACCAGAAGAUCGAGGCUAAAGUGGGCCGUCUUCAGCCCAUUGCUGUACGUGGAGGUUCCACAUAUGAAGAGCAGGACACUGAGGCGAGGCUAAAGGACACUCCAGUGGUCAUUCCUCUGGAUCUGUUACCAGGGGUGGUGCUGAAGGACCCCCGACGUCCAUACCAAAUGCUCGGUGAACUCACUUUGUCCUGGCCCGCCUUCGCUCACGCUGUGGACUCUCUGCACAAGUACAAGUCGCUCUCCUGCACCCCUCUGCUCAACAACAGCACCCAAGAAGCCCCCGCAGCAAGCUCUGACAAUCAAACCGGAGACACUUCAGGCACAAUGGAAGUUCGGUCCUUGACCACGGGUCCCGUGGACCCCCCAGGGGUGCCCCCAGGUCAGGAGGGCGACGUGCAAUAUGAGAACACUGCUGCUCCUGCAGUGCACAACCUGCCAGUCCUUCCUCUGGCCACAUGGGGGCGCCAGGCUCACACAGCACCAUCCCAUGUUGGAACCCAAGUGAAGACCACCUCUGUGUUUCAGGACAUGUUUAAAACCCCACUGCCUUUGUUGUCCUCAAGUGACAACGCUGUGUAGGCGAGAAACACGAUGAAUCUGCGCUCCUCGUUACUGUAAGUUGCACUUUUUCUAUCAGUGUUUAUUGAGAAGUUGUUUAAAUGGGAAUAAAUGUUUUAUAAAAUCCAUUUUUUGAUUUGAACAGAAAGAACACUUUGCAGUUCGGUUUCUCCCACAUACUUUGAGAUAGACUCACAACAUAAAAUAUUAGUGUAGUGACAAUGAUUUUUUUUUUUAAAUUUAUAAAUGUAAUUUU